UUACCGUCCCUUCCUCUCCAUACGGGUAUCAACAAAAUGGACGUUACAGUGAAAUGGAACAUUCAACUCUGAAGUGAUUUUCUCAUUUAUUCUUCCGUUCUCUUCUUCUUCUGGACGAUCGCGGUAUCAUCACAUCACCAGCCGACAAUGUACACACUUCUGUCUGGUUUUUGGAAGUAUCUGUUCCAAAAGGAAGAAUACUUUGUCUUAAUUCUUGGUUUGGAUAAUGCCGGAAAAACGACUUACCUUGAACAAACCAAGACGAAGUUCAAUCGGAAAUAUAAAGGGAUGAACCAAAGCAAAAUCACAACAACUGUCGGACUAAACAUUGGAAAAAUCGACAUCGGAAGCGUGCGGCUAAAUUUCUGGGAUCUUGGCGGACAGGAAGAACUGCAGUCAUUGUGGGACAAAUAUUAUGCCGAGUCACAUGCUAUCAUCUACAUUGUGGAUUCUUCAGAUACAGAAAGAUUAGACGAAUCGAAAGAAGCCUUCGAUAAAAUGAUUUCCAAUGAGGCUCUCGUCACGGUGCCACUUCUGUUGUUGGCCAACAAGCAGGACCUGCAAGGAUGUCUUCCAUUAAAUGAAGUGAAAAAAAUUUUCAGUUCCAAUCCAUCAUUAAUUGGUCCAAGAGAGUGUAAAGCCGAUGCUGUCUCUGCUCUAAGAGGAGAUGGUGUCCAUGAAGGAAUCGACUGGGUUGUAAAAGCUGUCCAACAGAACAAUGUGCGUCGACCUCCAACCCAAAAGGACAUCACCUGAGGGGACACUAAAAGCCAAAAAAAAAAAAAAAAAAUAGCAAAAAGCAACACAAUGUAAAAAAUUAAAUUCAAACAUUCUUAACACCAUGACAAAGCAGCCACUCAGAAUUACUCUGGCGAAUGGUCCGAUGAUAACCAGCAAAUAAAUAUCUUCGUUGUACAGCAAUUCGCAUCUCUGUAAAGGAUCAAGGAAAAUAAAAACAAUGUAAAAAAAAAAUGUCAAAACUAAGAAAAAAAUGCAAAAACACAAAUACCAAACAAAAAUUGCAAUACAAAAAUGGAAUGUGUGUGUCACAAUUGAGGGUAUCGCAGUGUUUGUGGGUGGAAGUUAAAUCUUUAUUUAAAUUUUGUUGUCUUUCCCUUUUUGUUUAUAUUAAGUGCAGUUAUGGACACACAUGCACAUACAUACACAUACACACUCACACACCAUUGUAUUUAUGUAUGCAGGAAGCUCAAGUGAAAGAA